UCUCUUUCCUUCGAAAUUGUGAAAUGGAAAUAAGGAAACAGUUUGAGAGCCCGAUGUUUUUGGUUUAUUUCAAUUUUCAAUUUUCUGCCAUUUUUUUUAAUUAAAUUUAACGGUUGAAUGGUAAAAACCGGACAAGCGGCUCGAGCGGUUAACCGCCUCGGCUGCUCGUCCACCGCUAAAUAAAACCGGAGCGGUUUUUAGACUGUUCCGAGCCGGUUUUGUGAUUGAGUGGCGAUUUUACCGAUCGGGCCAAGCAGGUCGGCUCGACUUUAAUAACGCUGCUCAAAAAUACACUUUAAAUUGCUAACCGAUCUGGUGCAGCAGGCGAGGCUAGAUUCGAUCGGCCCAAAUCCUCGGUGAACACGCUCAAAUUGCAGGAAGCGGACUUAGCAAUGUCCGCCCAAAACUAAUAGAAGCUAGCAAAGCAAGCGCAGCGCAGCAAAAGCCAACUAAUCCUUGUACCAACAAGACGGAUUAAUUAAUAAUAAAACCCAACCAAUCCUGCCUACCGAUAUCUUCACUCCAUCCCCCCUGCCUUUCCUCGUUAGUCUCGCCUCCGCUCCUCCAGCUUAUACUUCGUCAUGCUCCUCCAGGGCCCUAUAUAACAACACUACCAACUAAUCGCAGCCAGACCCAGAUCCCUUUCUCCGAUUCCAGCAAUGGCUUCUAUCAAUGCUGUCGCCAAUUCCCUCCUACUCCCCUCUCGCUCUUCAUCUUCUUCCUCCUCCUCCUCUCCCCUUUUCCCCAACGGCUCCAAUGCGCUCAGUCCGUCAACAGUCUCUCUUUCUAACUCCAGAUCCCAAUCAUCGACUACCUCGCUAAGGAUGUUCAGAAAGCCCAUUGCUAACUCUCCUCUUCAUGCCGCCUCCGCUGCUGCUGACGAGGCCGAGCCGACUAAGGACGAGACCCCCAUUGAACUGAGAUAUCCAGCUUACCCUACUGUGAUGGACAUCAACCAGAUUCGUGAGAUAUUGCCUCACCGGUUCCCAUUCCUGCUGGUGGAUAGAGUGAUUGAGUACAAUCCGGGUGUUUCGGCUGUUGCAAUAAAAAAUGUUACGAUAAAUGACAAUUUCUUUCCUGGGCAUUUCCCUGAGAGGCCAAUUAUGCCCGGUGUUCUCAUGGUUGAGGCAAUGGCACAAGUUGGUGGCUUGGUAAUGCUGCAACCAGAAGUUGGGGGAAACAAGGCAUCAUUUUUCUUUGCUGGAAUUGACAAAGUCAGGUUCAGGAAACCAGUGAUAGCUGGGGACACCCUGGUUAUGAGAAUGACCCUUGUGAAGCUGCAGAAACGUUUUGGAAUAGCUAAGAUGGAAGGAAAAGCUUACGUCGGGACUGACGUGGUCUGUGAGGGGGAGUUUCUGAUGGCCAUGGGACAAGAAUCCUAAAUUUGAUUCCUCUUAAGGAGUAGCUAUCUUCAGUUUGUGUAAACUGAAAAUGAAUGCUGGUGACAAACUGACAAUCCAUCAACAUGGAGGUCCCUUUUCCUCUUUUUUUAGUAUGCCAUUUAUCUCUUAUUAGAGUCUAGUAUCUUUAUGGUGGCGCAUCUCAAUCACAGGCGUGGAACGAACUUUUGGUAGCAGCACAUGAUGAAAACGUCAUUUGCAGCAAAACAGAAGUUAACUAUGGACUUGUAAGAGCUUCAGAAGUUCGAGUUUAAGAAUUGAAUGCAUAGCUAGCCACAUGAUGUUAACGAGCUUAGAGUUUUGAUGAGUGAUCUGUUCUAUUUUAAGAAUGAUCUGUUGUUGUGUGAAAUUCCUUCGGCAUUUUGGCUUUUGUGUUUGUGAAAUAGGAGUUGGGAGAGUUGGGAGUCGGCCAAUAUUGUCAAAUAGUGUGUUUGUAUUACGAUUUUCAACAGUUUUUUUAAGAAUGGCGCCGUUAUUAGACAGCUUCAACAGGAAUGGAUCAUUGGUCAGAUUUGUAAUGCGAAUGGUGGUCUUUCAACUGUUGGACUUUAUGGGAUAAGUCACGAGGGUACAUGUAUGAUAGUUCAUAACCGGAUGAUGAGGAUUUUGAUAGAGUCGGGAAUUAUGUUCACUUUACGUUAAAAAAUAUUUUUACACUUUGCAAAACAUUGAGUUAUAGGAAUCUUUUUCGUAGAAUAAAACUAUCACCAUUUUAGAUUUUAGAUUCAAGAAAUUUAGGCUCAAGAAACUAAAGGAUAUUUAGAAAUUAAUAGAAGGAAGAUAAUGAUUUUUGGUGUGUCUUUUCACUAUCCAACAACAUAUAUUUAUAGUGAUUGGAAGAGACCGAAACACAUAAGGUUGGGGAGGGUUUCAUGGUGAAGAGACACAUCUCUUCAUGAAAAACAAUGGCAUGUACGGUUGGCAAGUGGCAACUGCACUUUGUCAAAGGUUGCAUUAUUUGGCCAUACAACACUUCGUUUCAUGCAAAACGACAAUCACUACUUGCCGUCCACCAAAGCCACAUGCCACGUAUAGAUGUAACAUUUCCCAAUCCAAAUUUCAUGCAACAACUUAAUGGAAGGGAUGCAUUUUCACGGCAUCACACCAUUCCAAUAAUAAAUUAUGUUCAUUUGG